AUCUAACUUUCUGGUCCUUGUACCGGCGUAAUUACUCAUUUUCGAAUCGAUUGAUCAUAGCCAUUGUGGUCCAGUAUUCAAUUGUGUAGUUUUCUAUGAGGAAAAAAAAAAAUAUUUGUAUCUGAUUUUGGUCGAGAGAUCACGAUGAACGCUGUUUGAGAAGCGAAACGUGCGUCGCAGAGGAUUCAGAUUCCUGAAGCAAGUGCUCUGUGAAUUUUGUUCCAGUGAUUUCCGCCGAAUGUGUCGUGGAAACUGGGAAGGUAAAUUCCUGUAAUUUCUGCGUCUAACAUCACGCUUCUGAAAUGUCUAUGAUUGUGAGAGAGACAAAGAGAGCUACGGUGAAAAGGAUCGUCCUGUUUUUUAGUCACCAGCGUGCAGAUAUACGUUAAAUUGGAUUUACUUCGUUCUCAAGCAUUGUGGGCCGCCAUCAUGGACAUUUUUUUCCCUUUCAUUUCAGUUGGUUGAAGGAAGGAUAUUAAUUGGAGACCAUACUUUUUACAUUUUUGUGACCUGCCAUUGCUUUCUAUCCCUUUUCAUCCGGGGCUCAUCUCAUCUUUCUUUCUUCAUUCUUCCCUCUUUUUACAAGCAAAAGAGACCAGCGUAUGCUAUAAUCACAACGGAACCAUGAUUGGUUCUUUUUUUUCUUCUUAAUUUUUGAAAAAGAGGUUUUGGAUCGUGACAUUAUGCCGGCGACAGAUAAUUUGUUAUUGACAGAAACGUAAUUGGUUGGCAUUCUGUUUCACCUUUCUUUUUCCUUCUGGUUGUUGGAUGCAAAGCAAGGUUAGCUUGUCGUCCCCGUUGUUGCCUCGCUUUUGUGUGUGUGUGUGUGUGUGGAUCCAUUAUUAGAAUCUUGUUCAUAAUUUCAACCCAAAAAGAAGCGGAAAAAAGAAAAGAAAAGAAUACUGUUCAUGACUUUCAAAUGAACUGCUAAGUAUUUACGUGAACUGUCAGGGACUCUUUUUCUCUCUUAAUGUCUUGCAUUUUAGGAAAGCAACUAACUUUUGGAUUUUGAGGUCACGGGCAUGUUCGGAUAACCUUGUGAACCGAAUUCUGAAGAACAAUAGGUAAAAAGUGAGCAAUGGGGUCUAUUGGCGGGGAGGAGCUGGUCAAAUGGGAGAAGAUGCAAGGACCGACUGGUCGUGAAGAGAAGAUUCUCGUGUUAGUGAGGUUGCGGCCUUUGAGUGAGAAGGAAACCACCGCUAACGAAGUAGCAGACUGGGAAUGCAUCAAUGAUACCACCAUCUUGUACCGGAACACCCUGCGGGAGGGCUCCACUUUUCCAAGUGCCCACACCUUUGACAGAGUAUUUCGCGGUGACUGCCCCACAAAGCAGGUAUACGAGGAAGGAGCCAAAGAAAUUGCUCUUUCAGUUGUUAAUGGAAUUAACUCAACUAUAUUUGCGUAUGGACAAACGAGUAGCGGGAAGACAUACACCAUGGUUGGAAUAACUGAGUAUGCUGUAGCAGAUAUAUUUAACUACAUAAGUAAGCACGAAGAAAGAGCAUUUGUGGUGAAGUUCUCAGCAAUUGAAAUUUACAAUGAAAUUGUUAGAGACCUCCUAAGCGCGGACAACAGCACACUUAGACUGCGUGAUGACCCUGAGAAAGGAACCAUUGUAGAGAAACUUACUGAGGAGACUCUACGGGACUGGGGACAUUUGAAAGAGCUCCUAUCCUUUUGUGAAGCUCAAAGACAGGUGGGAGAGACUUACCUGAACGAAAAGAGUUCUAGAUCUCACCAAAUCAUCAGACUGACAAUUGAAAGUUCUGCUCGAGAAUUCUUGGGUAAAGGCAACUGUGCCACCCUAUCAGCUUCUGUGAAUUUUGUUGAUUUGGCAGGGAGUGAGCGUGCAUCUCAGGCGUUAUCAGCUGGCACAAGAUUGAAAGAAGGUUGUCACAUAAAUCGGAGUUUACUUACUCUUGGAACUGUCAUUCGUAAGCUUAGUAAGGGUAGACAUGGACACAUCAAUUACCGAGAUUCCAAGUUAACGCGCCUACUGCAGCCUUGCUUAGGUGGCAAUGCUAGAACAGCCGUCAUUUGCACUUUGAGCCCCGCGAGGAGCCACGUUGAGCAGACUAGAAACACACUUCUUUUUGCCUGUUGUGCUAAAGAAGUGACCACCAAAGCGCAGGUUAAUGUAGUGAUGUCUGAUAAGGCCUUGGUCAAGCAAUUGCAAAAAGAGGUGGCCAGAUUGGAGAGCGAGUUGAGAGCACCAGCUCCUCCUACUGCCAGCUGUGAUCAUGCGGCAUUGCUGAGAAAGAAAGAUCUCCAAAUAGAGAAGAUGGAGAAGAAGAUCAGGGAGCUAACUCAGCAGCUUGAGCUUGCACAAUCAAGGAUUGAGGAUUUGCUUGGCAUGAUUGAUAAUGAUCAGAAAUCCGGAAAAGCUGGCAUUGAUAGUCCUCAACAUAUGCUGGGAGGGGAGGAUGAGUGGGAAGAUGACUAUUCAGUGCGAGAGUCAUUAGGCAUUUCCACUCCUGCUCAUCCAGAUGGCCGCAUUAGAGAGCUCAGCAAUCCUCACCAUAACAACGGAGACUGUGGAAGUAAUCCCGAGCAGCCCUAUCACCACUCUGAAGGGACUGAACAUCAUUCACGCUCUGAUGAGUUUCCCGAUCAGUUCUGCAAAGAAGUUCAAUGUGUCGAGAAGGAAGAUUCAAAUAGACAGAACUCAGAAUAUCUUAAUCCAUCAAGAAGUGAAAAUGGGGGUUUAGAAUUACCAAUGUCUGAAGAAGUAAUUGCACCGGGCCAGAAAGAGUCAACCUCUGUGAAUAAAGAUAGGGAAGCCAAUCAGGUCCAUGAUAGUCCUGCGCCUGCAAAUGGUGCUGCAGAGCAGAGACUCCGUGAUGUACAAAUGACCGUUGAUUCUCCUGUAUGCCCACAACCUGAUAGUCAAUCUCCACGGGCCACUUUGCCAAAUAUGUCAAAUUUAAGGAACUUAAACUUAUCCAGGAGCUGGAGUUGUAGGGAAUAUUUCAUGACUGGUUCUCUAGAGAGUGCAGGAGAGUUAGAAAGCACUCCUGCCAAUGGGAUUGAGAAAGGAUUUCCAGGAAGACCCGAAAGAUUUCGGAGAAACCUUCUUCAUUUAAGGCUUGAUCCCGUCACAAGGUUGUCCAGGGAUGGUUCUCUGUCUACUGUUGGAAGUCCUUGCCUAGACAGCAUGAGAACACCUGGCAAUGAGGGUAUUACUAGCAUACGAACUUUUGUUGCUGGGAUGAAGGAAAUGGUGAAGCUUGAGUAUGAGAAGCAACUUGUUGAUGGUCAGGGCAAGGAAACAGAGAGGGGUGCUUCUACAUUAGAGAAGAACGUGAAAGAGGUAGGUAUAGAUUCAAUGCUUGAGGCACCUGGAACUCCGUUGAAUUGGACCCUGCAAUUCGAGAGGCAGCAAAAGGAGAUAGUAGAACUUUGGCACACUUGCCACGUAUCAUUGAUCCACAGAACCUACUUCUUUCUUCUGUUCAGCGGUGAUCCCUCAGACUCCAUUUACAUGGAGGUAGAGCUUCGAAGACUAGCCUUCCUGAAAGAAACAUUUUCAAAGGGGUCUGAGAAGGAUAGUCAGAAAGACACAUUAGCUUCAAGCAUGAAGACUCUUCGGCGUGAGAGGGAAGCACUGGUGAAGCUGAUGCAGAAAAGGCUUACUGAGGAAGAAAGGGAAGACCUAUACGAGAAGUGGGGCAUUGCACUGGAAUCAAAACGCAGGAGAGUGCAGCUAGUAAACCUUUUGUGGAGCAACACUAACAUUACUCUCGCUAAAGAGAGUGCAAAUUUAAUUGCCAAGUUGUUGAAGUUCUCAGAGAAGGGUAAGGCACUGAAGGAGAUGUUUGGCCUCAGCUUCACACCCCGUUACUCUAAAAGGAGGUCUUUUUCCUGGAUUACUAGCAAACCACCACUUUUAUAGGCCUUUUUUUUUUAACUCUUAUAAAUUUGGGGGAUAGUCCUCAUGUUUUAUGUACAGUCUGACAGCACUUUCUAUCAGAGUGCCCAUUGGACAUGGAUUUGUCUGAGUUUCUACCUAAUUACACACAAAAAAUUACUAAACCGGACUUCUGUAAGUCCUUAAAAGAUCAAUUGCGAAGGGAUUCAUUCAAUACAGGAGCUUUUUGAGUGGUUUUUUUUUCCCUCCAUUAAGUGCUGUACCGAUUGGGAUAGUGAAUCAUUGUUAUGUUUUCCCCACUUCUAUGGGUACAGAAUCAUUAUUAUAAAUGAUAAUCAUAAUCUCUAGCCAGAAA